AUGAUUCAUAGUUUAAUAUUCACAAUAUUAGCUGUCAUAAGCACGGUGAAUGCUUUUUAUAUUCCUGGUAUAGCACCAACGUCUUACAAAGAAGGUGAUCAAAUUUCCCUUCUUGUGAACCAUAUAACCCCAAGUGUCUUCCACGAGGGCAAGAACAAAGAAGAUUUUGUUUACUCAUUUGAUUACUAUCAUCCAAAACUACAUUUUUGUCAACCAAAGAAACUCGAGAAGCAACCAGAGUCCCUAGGUGCUAUUAUUUUUGGUGAUAGAAUCUACAAUUCUCCAUUUGAAAUAACUAUGUUGAAGAAUGAAACUUGUAAGUCAUUAUGUGCUAGCACUUAUCCAAAAGAAGAUGCAGGAUUCACCAAUAAGUUUAUCGAAAAUGGUUUUUUCUACAAUUGGUUAAUUGACGGUUUACCAGCUGCUAGAAGAUUACAUGAUGAAAGAACCAAAUCAGAUUUCUAUGGUGCUGGUUUUGAACUAGGUUUUCUUGACAAAGAAGGUAAAGCACAUCUUGAUAACCAUUUUGAUAUUCAAAUUGAGUACCAUAAGCGUGAAGAUGAUCAAUUGAGAAUUGUCGGUGUUACAGUUGAACCACAUUCUUGGUCAAGAACUGAAGCCGAGUGUUCUGCCCAAGAAUACCAACCAGUCUUUAUUUCACCAACAGAAGAUACCAAUGUUGUCUUUACAUAUGAUGUUUCUUGGAUUCCAUCAGAUACUUUAUGGGCCACAAGAUGGGAUAAAUAUUUACAUGUUUACGAUCCAAAAAUUCAAUGGUUUGCCUUAAUCAAUUUCUCAUUAAUUGUCGUUUGUUUAUCAAUGGUUAUGGCUCACAUUUUAGUUAGAGCUUUGAAGAGUGAUAUAUCUCGUUACAAUGAAGUAAACUUAGAUGAUGAAUUUCAAGAUGAAUCAGGUUGGAAGUUAGUUCAUGGUGAUGUUUUUAGAUCCCCAAAGAACCUAUUGUUAUUAUCAAUUUUGGUUGGUAGUGGUAUUCAAUUGUUCCUAAUGGCAUUUACCACCAUUGGAUUUGCCCUGUUAGGUUUGUUAUCACCAUCUAAUAGAGGUUCAUUAGCUACCGUUAUGUUCAUUUUAUAUGCAUUAUUUGGAUCUGUUGGCUCUUUCAUCUCUGGUUCCAUUUACAAAUUCUUUGGCGGUGAAAAAUGGAAAUUAAAUUUGAUCUUAACACCUUUAUUAGUUCCAGGUGGUAUCUUAGCUACAUUUGCAUUUUUAAAUUUCUUCUUAAUUGCAGUCAAAUCAUCUGGUGCUGUUCCAGCUGGUACUUUACUUGCUAUUGUUGUCAUUUGGUUUGUGAUUUCUGUUCCAUUAUCUGCAGUUGGUUCAAUCUUAGCACUAAAGAAAGAACAAUUAUCACAACCAGUUCGUACAAACCAAAUUCCAAGACAAAUUCCAACUCAACCUUUAUAUUUAAAGACAAUCAUUGUUGCCUUAGUUGCCGGUAUUUUUCCAUUUGGUUCAAUUUCUGUCGAAAUGUACUUCAUCUAUUCAUCAUUAUGGUUUAAUAGAGUGUUUUAUAUGUUUGGUUUCUUAUUUUUCUGUUUUAUUCUAAUGGCCAUUACUACAUCUUUGGUUACUGUUCUUAUGACAUAUUAUACAUUAUGUGCAGAAAAUUAUAGAUGGCAAUGGAGAUCUGUUUUCAUCGCGGGUGGUUGUGCGAUUUAUGUUUUCAUCCAUGCAAUCUUUUUAUCUAAAUUCUCAUUGGCAGGGUUCACUACUAUCGUUUUAUAUGUUGGUUAUUCCUUGUUGAUAAGUGUUCUUGCAUUUAUUUUAACAGGUUCAAUUGGGUUCCUUGCAAGUUUAUUCUUUAUCAGAAAAAUUUACUCUGCUGUUAAGAUUGAUUAA